CCAGCAAUGGGUACUGAAAUCACCCAUGGUUCGUUUACAGCGAACAUGAUUUGAUAUCCUCCGCGGAUUUACAGUAAUGUACAGUACUUUAAUUUCACGGAAACGUCGCCGCUAGCGUUAUUAGACGAGAAAUGAGAGCGAUACGAUACAUUUGAGCGAGGAAUAUCAAUUAACACUGAGCGAGCAGUGAUUUGUCUGAAUUGUUCCUUGCUAGCAUGUGACAUUAGCAAAGCUACAACAUCAACAGUCACUGAUAAUAACAGGACUUAUAUAUUCAGAAUGAAUUUGUUUUAUAAUUCAUCAGAAUGCCAGCAGGUCAAAGUGAUGUGAGAGCGAAGACGAAAGCUCGUUUUGACGAGGUGUUAAAGAGAUAUGCAAACCCUCCUUCUGAAAAAAAGAAAGCCAGGCAGACCGUUGACCAGUCCCAGGAUGUUAUUGUGCUUCAGACAUUGAAGAAAAACCUAGAUUUGAGUAAAGCCACUGAAGAUGAUGAAACUAUCCUCCAUAACACAUACAAUCCAGCUCAGGGCAGCCCCAGAUUUACCAAAAACAGGCGCAGAGAGAGGGAGGUGUCGGAGAAGGCCAACUUAAACAAUUCUGCCAGUGAAGAGGAGUCCACGUUGACCGAAGGGAAAAAGAAAAGCAAAAGGAAACUGCCACCAUUACCACUUCCUCCUCAAGAUGAAGAAGACAAUGUCGGGAGACCUGAAACAGAAAUUAAAACUGAUACCGUUGGGGAACAUAAAAGGAAAGCGAGAAAAGGGAAGAGCAGAAGAGGAAAGGAUGUCAGUGGACAGAUAGGAGAGACAGAGACAGAAGAUGAUUAUUUACAGGAGUACCAGCAUCAGAUCUCAAAGGCAGAGGAGAAAGCUUUAAAGAAAACUGCACGGAAGAAGAACACGGAAAAGCUGACAGAGAGUCAAGAGGUACCUGUGUUAAACAAUGAGCUUGAGAAAAAGCUGAAAUCAAGGAAACGUGAUGAUCAUAGAAGUCAAAGUGAACUGUCAUUGGAUAACCAGAUCGAAAAUGUUCAGGAUGAUGUCAUGGAGGAAUUCAGGGAGGACACAGUCAAACCAAAAGUGAAAAAGAAAAAGAAACUAAAAGAAGUGAUUGUUGAGGAAGAACGCGUUGAGGAAAAACAGGUCUUUGAUGACAGUCUGGUGCUUGGAGUUUAUAUCCACCGGACAGACAAGCUGAAGACCGACCUUCUGGUGUCUCACCCCAUGGUUAAAGUUCAUGUAGUCGAUGAGAUCACUGGACAUUAUGUCAAGAAGGAGGACAGCCAUCGUCAUGUAUCAUCGUUCUAUGAGCAAGAGAAUGUUGAGCACAUUCUGCCCAUCAUAACUCAACCCUUCGACUUCAAGAAACAUAAAACAACAGUUCCAGAGUGGGAGGAGCAGAUCAUAUUUAAUGAGCGCUUCGGCUACUUCCUGCAAGAUGAUGACGAGAGUCCACGGGUGAUACUGUUCUUUGAGAUUUUGGAUUUCAUCAGCAUGGAGGAAGCGAGAACAAACGUCUCUGUCGACAGGCAUGAGCGGGGAUUCAGGAAAAUUGCCUGGGCUUUUUUGAAGCUUUUAGGAACCAAUGGCAUGCUGAACAUCGACACCAAACUGCGUCUGCAGCUGUACUGCCCACCUCCCCGUGCAAAAAAACUGCCACAAACUGUUGAAGUGUUUCAAUGGUGGUCAAAGUUCCCAAGGAACAAAUAUUCCUCAACCCUCUACAUCACAGUAAAAGGCCUCAAACCACCAGAACAUGUGGACCCUUGUAUCCGCUCCAUGAUGGCUCUGCAGCAGGAACGGGGUAGCACCUCCUACAGUGAGCUCAAUACUGUGAUGAGCAAUAAAAGCAGCACCCAGAUUCGGGAGAGCAAGUCAGAAACCAUGAAGUGGAGCCGCAUGCCUGGACAGGUGUGCCGCAUCCCAAACAAGCCAAUGCAUUCCUUCCGUGGAGGUCAAAUGGGCUGUUUUACUCUGCGUUUCUCCCAUGAUGGGUGGGCACUUGCUGCCGCGUGUGCAGAUAGAGAUGCAUUCCCUAUCAUUAUAUAUGAGAUUCCCUCUGGGAAAGUUCUAGUAUCCUUUAAUGGUCACCUCAGUGUGGUGUAUGAUCUCUGCUGGUCCAAAGAUGACAAAGGACUAUUAACCGCAUCCUCUGAUGGAACAGUACGAGUGUGGAAUGUUGAACAACUGCAGAGUCCCACUCCCAAAACUCUCCCUCACCCGUCGUUUGUGUACUGUGCCCAGUUUCACCCUCAAGCCCAGAAUCUGGUGGUGACGGGGGGUUACGACGGGCUCUUGCGGGUCUGGGACGUGGACGUAAAAGACACCAAUGGGCAGCUUCUGCAAGAGUUUGAAGGGCACAAGACUUUCAUCAAUACACUGUGUUUCGAUUCAGAAGGGAACAGAAUGUUUUCUGCUGAUAAUUCCGGGUUUAUUAUCGUUUGGGGAACCAAGGUGGUGGCUGGAUCUCGUCAUGGACCAACCGGUCAAUGGAGAGUAGAAAGGGAGAUUCGAGAAGCUGAUCUGAAUGGCAUAUCCAUCAACUCAUUAGAGGUGCAUCCAAAUGGAAGACGACUUUUAAUCCAUGCCAAAGAUAGCGUUUUAAGAGUCAUGGAUCUGAGAAUUCUUGCAGUGAAGAAAUAUAUAGGUGCCACAAACUACAGGGAUCGCAUCAACAGCACGUUCACCCCCUGUGGAAGCUUCAUCUUUUCAGGAAGUGAAGACGGACUGGCGUAUGUGUGGAAUUCAGAGACAGGUGACCAGGUCGCUGUAUACUCUGAGCUGUGUUAUUCAUCUGCGCUUCGAGCUGUAGCUUUCCACCCUCAUGAGAACAUGGUGGCAUUCUGUGCCUUCGGCCAGAAUCAACCAAUACAUCUCUAUCUGUUUGACAGAAAAGUGGCUCAGGUGGAGGUGGAGAGUUUGAGAGGUCUGAACCAUUCAGAGAAUACAUACAGUAAGGCGGACAGGAAUUCAUCAGAGGCAAUGACCUUCCAGUACCCCUCUGCCACUGGCAUGGACCGAUUCGCAAGCACAGCCCGUGUGUCCCUAAAGAUGCAGCGCGUCAAACAGAAACUCGACUCUGUACUGGAGCCACAUCGCAGUUCCCCUAGUGUGGAUCUGUAUGAACAAGGAGUCAUGUCUCACUUGGGUAGAAGCCUAGAGGGUAUGACGUCAUAUCUUCCUCCGUCUCUACUGUCCCCUCAUUCUAAACUCCAGAUGUCCAGUUCUCUCAGUGCUCAACUCAUUCCACAGGCAACAAUCAGCUCACAAAACUGUGGUUACAGUCCUGCCAGUCAGCCCAUUAGAAGAACUCCUUCCCUUAAACACCAAAAGAGUUUACUGGAUUAUGAAAUCUCUCAACAAGUAGAACCAGACUUUGGGCAAAUCCAUCAGACGGUUGUGUCAUUGUAUGAGUACAGAGCCAAUCGAUCAGAUGAGUUAUCGAUACGGCGUGGUGACGUGAUUCAUGUGCUGUACAAAGACAAUGACACCUGGUGGUUUGGGCGGCUGGUCAGUGGACAAGAGGGAUAUUUCCCAGCAUCUUAUGUGGCUGAUGAAGGGAAUUUUGAGGAGGAGCUGUCUCGAGCUUUAGAAGCACAACCUUCACUGUUAGAUGAGUCUGAACAAGGAGCUGAGUGUGCAACACCAAUCCAGCUGUCUGCAGCCAUCAGUGCCUCUGGAGAACUCAAGUUCAUCUCAGAGUUGGUCAUUGAUCCUGAAGCCUCCUCCACUAAAACAAAGAAAAAGAAGAAAAAGGUGAAGAGAAGUGAAGUUCCCGUUGAUCUUCAUCAGGCUGUCUCAUCAGAUCCUGAGAUGCUUUCGACAUCUUCCAGAAGAAUUCGACCUCUCCCCAAACUGGGCAGAGAAAACCAAACUGAGGAUGAAGUUCCAGACUGACGUGACCUGGUGUGAUUUCAGACACUUCCAUCCAUUACAGGAACUGAAGGCGUUUCUAAAAGUGUGUAUGUUAAUCUAUUUUUUGUAGUUUGCCUUAAUUCAGAAUAUAUAUAUAUUUUGUAAUUUUUGUAACUGAUAAUUGUAAUGUAGUUGACAGGAUUGUUUUGUACUGUAUUUAUGUAAUAUACUAUUGUUUUUAUUUUAUUUUAACAUGCAUUUGUCUGUAUAAACAUUGAGUUUUCAGUUUGUAUUUUUUAUUUAUAUUUUAUUUUAGUUCAUCUUAAAUGCAACAGCAGCAAUGAGCAUUCAGUAGUAAUUACAUAUAAACAUAUUUUGCACUUUUAAAAUAAAGGUACCAAAUUUA